UUCCUCUUUAAGACUACUUCCACCAUGUACAAUGCCUUUAAGCUAAGCUUAAGCAUUUUGGUAUCUUCCCUAUACCCAAAGGCAAGAAGCAUGAGAAGAGUCCAAAUCCUGCUGCUAUUGGCAGUAUGCAAAUGGGUUGUAACUCUGGCAGGCCGGCCACUGGGCAAUGUUCCGGCGGCGGUGAGAAGAGAGGUUUAUGAUAAUGGCAGAAUAUUUGAUAUCACUCACAUGAUAAAUCCGAGGAUGCCAACUUGGGACUCGAAGAAUGGGCUGGGGGAAGCGGUGAAGCUAGUUGCUAGCAUGAAGAAUGGCUCCAUUGACAACCUUUCUGAGAUGAAGUUUUCUUCGCACACAGGCACACAUGUUGAUGCUCCUUCUCAUUUUAUUGAGGAGUAUUUUGAAGCUGGGUAUGAUACAAGCACACUUGAUUUGAAGACUCUUAAUGGUCCAGCAUUGUUAGUUGAUGUUCCGAGGAGCAGUAACAUAAGUGCUCAAGUAAUGAAGUCAUUGAAGAUUCCUAAAGGAAUACGUCGUGUGCUUUUCAGAACAUUAAAUACUGACAGGAAGCUCAUGUUCAAGAAGGAGUUCGAUAGUAGCUACGUUGGGUUCCUGAGCGAAGGAGCAAAAUGGCUUGUACAGAACACAGACAUCAAACUUGUUGGACUUGAUUACUUGUCUGUUGCUGCUUAUACUGAUCUGAAUCAAACACAUCUCACCUUACUGAGAAGCAGGAAAAUCGUUGUACUGGAGGGCUUGAAACUUGACGACAUCAAACCAGGACUAUAUAAUCUCCACUGCUUGCCUAUAAGGGUGCUUGGCGCUGACGGUACCCCAACAAGAUGCAUCCUUAUGGAGUGAUAUUUUCAAGCUGUGAUUUUGUGGAAAUAAAUUCUGAGUUUAAUUAUGCAUGAUUAUCAAUAAUUGUCUAUUAGAUAUUAGCUUAAUUACUCUUAUCUUAUUUGUUUUUCUCCCAACAGUCUCUGUUAAUUUCUUGAUUCUGCUUCUUAGUCACUCAAUUCUUAUUUUUCUCCA